AUGAAAAGAAAACAUCAGAAUAGUAUCAGCUCAGAUGACAAUGAAGCACUGCUCCAACUUUCAAUGUCAAUUGAUGAUCGAAAUGAUCAAAAACAAACAAUCGUGUUACCUUCAGGUGAAUCAAUAACGAAAGAACAACUUUUAUCGAAAUUAAUCGAUUUGCAUCCAAAUACUGAUGCUUAUUGCAAGUUGGCAUUAAUCUUAAUAAAUGACAAUCGAUCAUCUAUCAUUCUUCUAUCUGAUUGUGAUCCAACCUAUUUUUUAGCAUACUAUAAACUGGCAAUGACUCUUCCAGGUGGUGAAUCAAUCACACUAAAUAACGGACAAUCAAUGACUGAACAAUAG